GUUCGGCCAAAGAGAAUCGGAAUGUUACCAAGUUCUAGAACAUACCUAGGAAGCCUGAUGAAAAUUUUCCCUGCUACGUUACCAACUCGUAUUGGAGGCUCUCUCGCUUCUACUCCCUUAGUAUCCCUGACUUAUGUAGGGAAGAGAAGCGGAAUAUUCGUUAACUUUGCAUAUGAAUUACCACUACCUUUCAUAGUAGGUAAUACGUACAUGCUUCUCGAAUAUACAGAUUUACGCGAGCUUUUUCAUUGCAACGGAAGGGCUGUGUCGUUACACUCGUAGAAUGGUAUUAAUCUACAUACCCAAGUCCUAAGAAGACAAGAAAUGUAGAAGCUGUCAACCCGACAUCUAUCUAUGUCCAGGUAUGUAUCAGGUACCUAGAUGGCAAAGAUAGAAAACGAAAAAUGCCACUUGAUCAAGUUCGUGUGCCGAAGAGCCGUGAGCUUGCUAGCAAUGUGAAUCUAUAUUCAACCUCAAAGAUCUUCCCAAAUAACGCCUCAUAC